CACUUUCAGGAAUUCGUUCUGGUCCUCACAGUCAAACAGUGCAACUUUGCCGAGUUCGCUCUUUCCUCGGUUCACCGCUGAAAACCAAAGACUCGGAAAAUAAAUCUGGGUACGAUGCCACCACAGCCAGGAAUGUUUGCCCUGCCAUAUGCAUCAACUCACAAGCCCCCUCAGGGUCCUAAUCCUCAUUAUCAUAACCCUCACCCAACUGCUGGUCCAUCCCGUAUGCAGGACGAUCCAAAACGAGAGAAAAAGAGAAGGGAUAUAUCAAGCAAAGUAGGCAAAGAGAUGAUAGAACGCAGAGACGAAGGACGACACUUCACUGAAAAUAUCUCUGCACUUCACAGCGCCGCCAUGCAGCUUGCAUCCCGUCCAGAAACUCAUCCUCUCUAUAAUCUCCGCUUGUACCCAACUUCCCUUGAGCGCUCCGCCUUGCUUGCCCAGCACGCAUUCGAAGAAAAGCAUAGCUUAGAAUCAAUACAGACCGCAUACGAGGAAGAACGUGAAAGAGUCGAGGAAGAAUGGCGCAAGGGCCGUGAUCGUAUACGAGAAAGACUCCUCGAAGGUAUUGAAGAACGUAGACGGCGUGCAAGAGAAGAAAAAGAAGGCGAGGGAACAGUAAACGACGCAACACUAGACGCUCAGUCUCGGUCCCAUAUCACUCGGAAACUGCGAAACAAAGUCGGCACUUCUCCUCCUCCAACACCCCUCGCUCUUCGAGGAGAGAACCUUGUCAAUGGUUCGCUUGGAAGCAAUACGCCUAUUACGACUGGUCCUUUUACCAACCCCCACUCCCUCUCCGUCGACGAACUGCCUUCACCUUUCCCUUUCCCCCUCACAGCCGUCACCCUCACUAAUCCGUCUUCUGGUGCAGGUGGUAACGCCGGCGCCAAUGGCUCCAGGCGUCGGACCAAAGGCGCUGGCCUUCACUCAAGCAUGGUCGGCGUCGGCGGCCUAGGCAAAAGCAUAGCAAUGCUAGGCCCUAGCAAAGAAGCAGAUAUAGAAGCAGAUCUGAUGGAAAUUCGGAGGGGUAGCAAACGGCGCAGAGCAGCGGCCGUGUCUUCUGGCAAGGUUUCGUAGGCGCCCUCAUGUUCAUCUUUAAUUUUGAAAUUGUAUCAUAUCUUAUCAUCGG